UACUUGCCCUAAGAGGCAGAGUCAGAUAUUCAGUUAUUUCAAGGAUGUAGAGCUCAACCUCAACAAACAAAGGCACAGUAAAAGCUUCAAACGAUCUGCUUAUCCAGUGUACAAAGUAUUAAUAGCCUUCAAGUUACAGAUCUUUGAAGCUUUCAUUUGUAAUCACAGCUCAGAAUGUGUGUGGAGAAAAGAACCUCUACCAAGAAAGGAAGACAAGGGAUGUUCCUGAAGGUGUUUUGGGCAGCUUUCCCACACUUUUGCCUGAUUUCUUCUCUUGUGAUUUAUGCUGCGCUAGGAGCAAUGAUGUUUCAAUUCAUAGAACAGAAAAGUGAAAAUAAUUCUCUUGCCACAGUUGAUAAGCUUUUACAGAAACUAUGGAUGGCCUGCAUUAAUGUGAGCUCCUGUAAAGAAAAUGCUUCAAAAGAGGAGAAGGAAAUUUUUCUUAGACAGACUAAUUCAACAAUUUAUUUUGAGCUGCACCCGAGGUAUCACUUAAAGUCCUGGUCUUUCUUACGUUCCCUUUUUUUUUGCUGCACAGUUUUUACAACAAUUGGAUAUGGUGAUAUGUAUCCCACUACACUCCCGGGAAAAAUCGUUUGUAUUAUAUAUGCCACAUUUGGAAUACCCCUGAUGCUUUUAGUCAUGACUGAUGUAGGAGAUUUGCUUGCAGUGCUUCUGUCUAAGACCUUCAAAAAAACUAAAAGACAGUUUAAAAAAAGAUUCUCAUCAUCGUCUCCAUCACCUUCGCCAUCAACAGUACUGUCACCACUGCAACCUCCUCCAUCAAAGACAUCACGAUGGUCUUCAUUUAAAAUUAGAAUAAAAGAUAAAGAACACCAAACGAUAUCAUCAUCAAAGCCGAACAUAGUCAUCAGAGAACCAUUAAAUAUAACAGACGUAUUGAAAAGUCAGUCUUCAGUUAAGAAGAGAUCAUUACAUUUACGAAAUGCUGAAAUCUUCAAUAAAAUAAUUGCAAAAGAAAACAUGAAUUUUGCACCAUUUCAGUUUAAUAAACUUGAGAGAAGCAUGUCAUGUCCUGACCUUAAAAGUAUAACCUGCAAAUUUCCACAAAUAGGUGAAGAACUUGACAAGCUGGAUGUUCCAGUUGGACUUGUGAUAUUUGUUAUUUUGGCAUUUAUCAUGUUAGCAGCAUUGAUUCUCAAACAGUGGGAAACACAGUGGGAUUAUUCAGACUCCGUUUACUUUUACUUUAUCACAUUAACUACUAUUGGAUUUGGUGAUAUUGUUCCAAGUCACCCAAAUUUUUUCUUGCUUACCUCUCUUUUCAUUAUUGUAGGCAUGGCAGUUAUGUCUAUGGCGUUCAAGUUGGUUCAAAACAGAAUAGUUUGCGGAUAUAAAGCUAUCAUUUCCUUCAUUAGUGGUGGUAAGGUAAAAGAGUAUGAAAAUAUGUAAAAAUUUACUUGAAUAUAUGGCAAUGUGCUCUCUUUUAUUUUUUAAAUAUCUGAAACUAAGAUUUCCUGAUUUAAAUGCUGCAUCUUUAGUUAUUUUUGAAGGGACAGUUAUAUACACAAUUCUUCUUUAAGUGGAUUUUUGUUUUAAUAAAAUAAAGCAAUUUUCAUAGUGAUAUAUUAAUCUAAAUUAAAGCUGAAGAAAG